UACGUGAUCACGUAAGAAGUAUUGGCGGAAGUUCUUGUGUCAGGUUGCUGUGUGAGAACAUGCUGCUCUUCUGCCCAACCUGUGGCAAUGUGCUGAUUGUGGAGGAGGGGCAGAAAUGCUACAGGUUCGCCUGCAAUACCUGCCCCUAUGUGCACAAUAUUAAUCGCAAGGUAACCAGCAGAAAAUACACCAAACUCAAGGAGGUUGAUGAUGUUCUGGGAGGCUCUGCAGCGUGGGAAAACGUGGACUCGACUGCAGAACCUUGUCCAAAAUGCGGGCAUCCUAGAGCUUAUUUCAUGCAGAUUCAGACCAGAUCAGCUGAUGAGCCAAUGACUACAUUUUACAAGUGUUGCAAUGCACAGUGUGGCCACCGAUGGAGAGAUUGAUCCCUUUGUUUUGUCCAUGUACUUUGUUUAAUUACAUUAAUAUUGCCGUG